AUGAAGCUAGCAGACGGCAAACCAAUUCUAGAGGAGGGAUUAGUAACGAGGAAGACGACGAAAAAUGAACCCGAGACUGUAAUAUUAAUCGCUGCUAGAAAUGGUGUUGCAGAAAUUGUGGAGAAAAUUCUGGAAGUGGUUCCGGUUGCCACACACGAUGUGAAUGCAGAAAACAAGAAUGCAUUGCUGUUGGCAGUAGAGAACAGGCAACCCCAUAUAUAUAAACUCUUGUUGGAAAGAAAUACCCUGAAUAAAGACAGCGUGUUUCUUGUAGUGGAUAACGAAGUUUGUGAUGAAGUCCUUCCCUCCAAAAUUGUGCUCCCGCGCUGCAACGACAAGGGCAAGACCCCUGAGGAUCUGUUCAUCGAAAACCACAAGAAGCUCGUCACUAAAGGUCGCGAGUGGCUGUCCAGCUCCUCCCAGUCCUACUCCGUCUUAGCUGGAAUCAUAGCCACUGUUUCCUUCGCCACGUCCUCCUCAGUUCCUGGAGGCCUCAAGGAGGGGAUCGGCACUCCAAACUUGGAAAGGCAGCUUGUAUUCCACCUCUUUGCCAUCUCAUCCCUCAUUGCGCUCAGCUUCUCGAUCACGGCCUUGGUCGCGUUCCUCGCCAUCUUAACAUCGCGGCACCAAGAGAGCGACUUUGGAAAGGACUUGCCGAGGAAGUUUUUCGUAGGUUUAACAUCACUGUUUGUUUCCAUAGUGGCGAUUCUGAUUUCAUUCUGCGCGGGAAAUUUGCUUCAGACAAAAGACAAUAUUUUGAGAUAUGUGGAGUUCCCGGUCUAUUUAGCAGCGUGCCUGCCGAUAGCUUAUUUUGCUGUGGUGCAUUUUCCGCUCUAUUUUGAUCUUACACUUGCUACCUUCACGACGGUUCCACGGCGUAGCUUCGACGUCGUUCUCUAA